AUGAAUUUUGAGAAUGGUGGAUCUCAUCUCAACGAGGAUAUUAUUGAUACUGCAGAGACGGUUUGGGGCUUAAUUCCGGGUAUGAGAAAAACCAUGUACUCUCAUCAAAGAAACGGAUUUGAGUUUAUAUGGAAUAAUAUAGAAGGAAGCAUAUUUCUAGAGGAUCUGAAGAAUGAGAGUUCAAAUGGUGGAAAUGGAUGCAUAAUCUCACAUGCACCAGGAACAGGUAAAACUCGACUCACCAUCAUGUUCAUAAAGUCUUAUUUGGAGUUAUAUCCGACUAGAAAAGUUUUCAUAAUUGCUCCUUCCAAUAUGCUCCUUACAUGGGAGGAAGAGUUUAGGAAAUGGAAAGUUAACAUUCCAUUCCAUAACAUGAAUGGGAAGGAUUUUUCGGGUCAAGAAGUUAAUACAGUUGUUAAUCUAGUAAACCAAUUCCGCGAUAAAGACAAACACUCAAACCGUUUGGUUAAGCUUUUUUCAUGGAAAAAAGACAAGAGUGUUCUCGGAAUGAGUUAUGGGUUAUUUGAAAAGUUAGAAGGGGGUAAUGGAAUCAAGAAGAGUUGUAAAAAUCAAAUUGAUAGUUUGCAAGUUACACAGAUGCUUCGAGAACUUCCUGACCUUUUGGUUCUUGACGAAGGUCACACCGCCAGAAAUGAGAACAGCCUAAUCUGGAAAGCGCUUUUAAGAAUCCAAACUAAAAAACGUAUAAUCCUAUCUGGAACCCCUUUUCAGAACAAUUUUCACGAGCUAUUCAAUACCCUUUGUAUGGUAAGACCUAAUUUUGUCGAUAAAUUCGUCGCUAAAAAAGCACACGGAAUAUCCAAAGAGCAUACACGAGACAAGAAAGAAAACAUAGCAUUAAACAGAUGGAUUUCAUUGACUAAUGGCGUCGCUGAAAACGACGAUGAGAGGAUCAAAGAGUUAAAGGACAUAAUUUUCGGAAUGGCACAUGUCUACAAAGGUGGAAUACUUAAGGAAAGUCUUCCUGGUUUAAGAGAUUCAUUGGUUGUUUUAAAGCCAAUGGACUUACAAAACACAAUUCUUAACGAUAUCUUGAAGAUGAAGAAUGGGCUUGAACGCGAACAUUGCAUUUCUUUAACGUCGGUUCACCCUUCAUUGUUGAUUCACUCUCAACUAUCGAAAAAAGAAGAGUUUUUAGUUUACAUGUCUCGAUUAGACGCUCUUAAAAAAAAUCCAGAAGGUGGGGUGAAGACAAAAUUCUUAGUUGAACUAAUCCGGCUUAGUGAGGCCCUGGAUGAGAAAGUCCUAAUCUUUAGUCAAUACAUCCCUCCUUUGACACUUAUUAUGGAUCAACUCAAAUCCUACUUUGGUUGGUCUGAAGGUAAGGAAAUGUUGUAUAUGGAUGGAGCAAAAAACACAAAGCUUCGUCAAAAAUCGAUACGUUCAUUCAACAAUUCAGAUAGUGCGGUUAAAGUGAUGUUAGCCUCAACCAAGGCUUGUUCGGAGGGUAUAAGUUUGGUCGGGGCUUCGAGAGUUGUACUGUUGGACGUGGUUUGGAAUCCUUCGGUUGAAAGACAGGCCAUUAGUCGGGCAUAUAGAAUUGGGCAGAAAAAAAUUGUCUACACUUAUCAUCUUGUUGCUUGUGAAGCUGAAAACACUAAGUAUGAUUGUCAAACUCAUAAGGACCAUUUAUCCAAAAUAGUGUUUUCUUCUACCGACGAUACUAGUAAUGCUGAUAUUAGCGAGAGAUCUUUGAUGGGUACUAUUAAGGAAGAUAAGAUCUUGGAGGAGUUGGUUCAGAAUGAAAAAACAUGUCAUAUGUUUGAGAGAAUCAUUCACCAAGAUAAGGAAGGAGCUUGCUAG